AUGCCACUCUUCAAUCUCUUUAAAGGGAAACCGGCUGUUGAGAAAACCACGACAUCAUUCCUUCAAGAACGAGACCAUGCUGGCCUACUAGUAACCGCUGAACUAGAAAAGGCACUAGCCGAUUGCGAGACACAAGUCGGACGUAUUGCAAAGGAAUGCAAGGCGAAGAAUCGAAAGUUUAGAGAUCAUGAAUUUGAUCUACAGAAUGACAGAUCUCGGUGUCUUCACGGACUUGCAAGCAAUGAAAUUUACAACCCCUCUGAUGUACUCCGCGUAACGCAGAUCUUCGACAAGCCUCAGUUUUUCGUCGAUGGUGCAUCUUCGAAUGAUAUAGUUCAGGGCGCUAUUGGUGAUUGCUGGUUUGUGUCCGCACUGGCAACAAUGUGCACAUCCCCAGGAUUAGUGGAAAAGUUCUGUGUUGCUCGCGACGAAGAGGUUGGGGUAUACGGAUUCAUUUUCUUCCGCGACAAUAAAUGGGUCGAGGUGAUUGUCGACGACCUGCUCUAUACCUCCGUCCCCAAAUAUGAAGAGCUAAGUAGCGCGGAAAAGCAACUAUAUCACCACGACAAGGCGCUCUACAACAAAUCCUCGCGCAAGGGGAGUGCUACCCUCUACUUUGCUAGGUCCGGCACUGAUGGAGAAACGUGGGUGCCGUUGAUCGAAAAGGCGUACGCGAAACUCCAUGGGAGUUAUGGCGCCUUGAGCGGCGGGUGGUCCUGCGAGGCCGUUGAAGACCUCACGGGCGGUGUAACGUGCUUCAUUCCCUCAAAUGACAUCCUUGAUCCAGAUCUAUUUUGGACAGAAGAGCUGCUCAAGGCCAAUCAUGAUCGCCUUUUUGGAGUCUCGUUCCAAGAUCUUGACUCCAGUCGUAGCGGGAAGGAUUCUAUCAAAGUCAGCGGUUUGAUUAGCCGACAUGCAUAUUCGGUCCUCAGAGCAGUUGAAUGCAAAGGCAAACGUUUCGUUGUCAUCAGAAAUCCUUGGGGUGAUUCUGAAUGGACUGGCCCAUGGUCAGAUGGAUCAAAACAGUGGACACCGGAAUGGCUUGAGAUACUUCCCCAACUUGGACAUUCCUUUGGAGACGAUGGUCAAUUUGUCAUGGAGUACACGGACUUCUUGGAAUGUUGGCAGCAGAUUGACAAAACUAUUUUGUUUGAUGCGCACUGGGUCAUGUCCUCUCAGUGGUUUCAUGUAACAGUGCAGCCGCUUCCGUCAGCCUGGACGUACGGGGAUGUAUCAUUUACUAUCACGUUGCCUGCUGCUACCAAGGCGGUUAUUGUCCUGUCCGAGUUAGACAGUCGUUACUUCGCGCCUAUAUCAGGGCGCUGGCACUGGACCUUUGAUUUCGUGUUGUUUAAAAAGGGAGAUAAGGAUCCUAUUGCGCAAUCUUCGACAUCUAGGCUCUUUACGCGGAGCGUAAACGUUGAGCUGAAUUUAGAGGCGGGUUCGUAUGUUGUACAUGUUCGUCUAGAUCGCUUCGUAUAUCGCCCAUCUACAUACAUCAAAGAAGGCGUCGAGAUUUGGAAUUCCCGCUUGCUUUCGAGGGUACUCACUGAGCGCGCUAAGAGUCAAUCCAUUGCUAUGAACUUCAAUGCAAAUUUACAAGCGCAGAAUCUGCCCAUUCCUUUGGAUAUUUUGGCUGGACAGGACUUGUCCGAACUAGAGCAGAAAGCAUUAGCGACCAAGAAGGCGGAGGAGGAGAAAGCAGCUGCGGAGAAGAAGGCCAUCGAAGAGAGAAAAGUCGAGGAAGAGGCUGGAAAGAAGACGGAAAUUUCGCCAAAGGAAAGCACUGAUAAGGAAGACACGAAGGAUACCGCUUGCCUCGACAAGGAGAAGACAGCUGAUGAAGAUAAAGGCGAGCGGAAAGAGGAGAAGAAAGCAGACGAGGACAGUGUCCUCAAAGCCAACCCCACAGAUAAUGACAAAAAGGUCGACAAGGACAAGACUGAUGACGAUAGCGAUGAAGACAAGGCAAAGACAAAGAUUGCCAAGGACAUCAAGCGUGCGUCUGGAGAUGAUUCGAUAUUCCUCGGUCUUCGAGUCUACACGUCCAAGGAUGCUCCCGCCGAAAUUUGCGGCCAGCUAAGGCAUGAGAUGGAGUUGUCUGCGGCUCUAGCUCUAUAAAUUUGUCCAGUGUCUUAUACUACUAUAUAAAUACCAGACUAUGUUAUCACUCUUCAUCAUCAGUCUCGAGAUCCUCCAAAACCAUCGACGAGUUUACCAAGGAUGGGAAGCCCGAGAGUAAUCUCGAUUCCCUCCGCAUACAUUGAGGUUUUCGGGUUGGCACUGAAAAACUGUCGUCUACAUGCAAUGUCAUAUCCUGAGGGGUCAGCCUAGAUUAAGGCAGCAGGCAGAAAAGGCAGUG